AUGAAUAAUAUUGGUGGAUUCAAAUGGGGCUCUUCUGAUUUAUUAGACGGAAAAUAUCUGUCGGCAUACGGUGGAAUUAUAGUUGUGACUAUCAACUAUCGUCUUGGGCUUCUGGGAUUUUUACGGUUAGAUGAAAACGAUGCACCUAGUAAUGUUGGAAUAUGGGAUCAGAAACUUGUCCUUGAAUGGGUAAAUAAUAAUAAAGUAUCAUUCGGAGGUGAUAAGAGCAAAGUUUCGAUUCUUGGAGUAUCUGCUGGUGCGGUAGGUGCACCAAUUCUAGCUUUGUAUCCAGAAAACAAGGGUCUGUUUCAAAGAGUUCUAGUUCAUGGUCAUAGCGUUACGUCACCAGAGUACAAGUGGAAUUCUGGGUACACGCUGGAGACGGAUUAUGUUGUACGAUCCCUUAGAUGUUCAUCUGAAAGUUCAACAGACACACUGAACUGCUUACGAAAUAUAUCAGCUAGUAGCCUAGCUGCAGACGUCAAAGCAUAUAGUGUGGAGGCUCGGAGAAACAUGCUGCGAGACAUGUUUUAUUUGCCAACAAUAGAUGGUACUUUUAUUAAAGGAAAUCCUAAUGACUUGACAAAAGAAAACAAUAGAGAACACGAAAAGUCUUUGGACUUCUUUAAAACUCUCGACUUUUUGCAAGGGUAUUCUAUAUACGAUGCGGGAUUUUUGUUCCAAAAUUUACUAAACAUCAGUUAUGCUGAACAAUUCAAGCCAACAAAAUAA